UGAAAUCAAAACCGAUUCAACGUGCGAUUCGUUGUGCAACGGUGCGACCACAGUUUUUGUGUGUCCCCUACAAGUUUUGACCGUUUAACCUACGGAUUUGCUGUGUCAGCUUGUUAGAGGCCGUUGAUUAGGUAUCUCGUUUUCGUCGUCGCGUAAUGUGACCUGAAUUUAACUGUGAAAUCGAUCCUGCGUUGUCAGAGGUUGACCGCAUGUUGACAUUCGUUGAUAGGCGCCUACGGGACGAACACUGUUCCAUGUUAUCGUUGUUGUUAUAGACUUGCUAGAAAAAAAGAGACGCUGGAAACGCUGUUUAUUAUACGGUCACGAUGCGGUGGAUCAAGUUUGACACGACCGUCGGCGGAAUGUUCGGCCGCGAAGUGUGUCCCGAAGACAGCGAAUAUUUGCUUUCACACAUUGACACUUUCAAGUGUAUGUGGCACGAACAGACUCGAAACUACUGGGUACGAAUGGUCAUAAGUCUAAGAGAAUACGUGAAGAAACACAUUUUUACAUAUGAAUCCCUGGAAAGACUCGGUGCCCCUGUAGAAAUCUUCGAGAUGUUAAUAGAAUACGCGUAUAUAAACAUCUGCACCAAUUUUACGCAAGAUAGUUUUGGAAAAGCCAAGGACUUCCUAAUGGCCAUUAUAAAUGUUACGGCAAACAAAGAUAUGAAGAACCAGAUAGGAACGCGACCCCUAUCAAAUGACCCAUUCUACAACAAAUUUACGAGAGAUUCUUAUAGAACAGUAUUUGGCCAACCUACUACCGCAAUCAAGAUGCAAUUACAGGUUUACGUAUCUGCCCCGCUGUAUGGACGUUUCGCCGCGGGUGUUGUGGCUAUCCUGAAACAGUGGGUUCAAGCCGCCGACUGCUCCCUGAAGGACUUCUAUCAAAAGUUCCACUCCAAUUCCUACUGGUCCUACCCAGAUGACUUCUGCCCUCAGAAGAUAUUCUUCAAGUUCCUCGAGGAAAGGUGUCACGGAUGGGAGAGCCCCGACUUUGAAGAAGUCGAGCAGGUCAUGAUCCAGGCGCCUGACCGCAAGACAGAAUUUGUGGACGUCGUCGCCAUUUUGCCCAGCGAACUCAUGGAUUACAGCGGCGCCAACGUGGACGACAGCGGUAGCGAGCACAGUGAUGAUAGUGAUGGUGAAUACGGCAUCAAGAACUGGCAUGACAUCAUGUUUGCUGUGAGCGACCACCUCAUCUACCAUUGUCCAUUCCAUGUCGAGCAGCUAUGUGCCACCUGCAUGGCUGAUGUCUCGGACAACUCGGGUGAUGAAUCCGAUUCCGUCUCCGUCGAGGACAGUUGCGAAGACUCCGACUCUGACAAUGCUGCAUCAGAGGACUACAAUUUUUGGCACCAGCCUAAGGUAUUAUCUGCCUUGCACGCCGCGGAGCAAAAGUACAGGGAGAGAAUGCUGGACAAAGCCUUGGAAGCCCACACCGACGACAGCACAGCAAAUGCUCCUGCCUCGUCGCGGAAGAACAGGAAGUCUCGCAAGAAUUCUCGCGUCACCCUCUCCAUAAACGUCGUGCAGCUGCCGUCGCAGCGACCGCAACCAGUCUUCUUCAAGGCUGGUGCAGUGCCGCCGAAGUCUAAGCCGCAACCCGAAAUAAUCAACUUCGAGGACGAUGACGAGAAGGCCAGCAAAAUUGCUGCUGCCCUAGAACGACUCAAACUAAAAAUAGACAGCAAUGGGACACCUCCUGCUCAGCAGCAGCCCGAGAAGCCUCGAGAGUCGGCAGCGUCGCAGGAGAGAGCCAAGUCUCAGCCACCGCAGAAGGCGGCACCACCGAAGGAAGCCCAGGCUGUGGACAAGAAGCCAUUGGCCAACGGUGCUGUCGCUGCAUCAAAGAUGACGCAGCGAAAGUGUGCCAGCUGUAGCAAGAGUGAAGGCGUCAAGCUCAAAAAAUGCUCGCUGUGUGUCCAGCAGAAGAUGGACCCGGUGUAUUACUGCUCGAGAGAGUGCCAAAUGGAGGACUGGGAAGAGCAUCAAACAGUUCACACGGAUGACAUAGACUGAGUUCUGCAAGCACUGGAAAAUUUAAUAAAAUAAGAUUAUGAUGUUC